AGGAACGCCGAGCCAGUGGAGUCCGGGAAGUCGAGCAGCGCAGACGCGUUGUGUGGCUCUUCGCGCUUUACGUUUUCUUCCGACCAUCUUCGUGCUGCGUAUCAUCUCUCUCGGUGAACCAGCAGAGACGUACAUACGUACACACACACACACACACGCGCGCGCGCGCGUAUAUAUAUAUAUAUAUAUAUACACAUAUACGUUUCGGGAGUGAGAAGUAGCCGAGAAAGCAAAAUAAUUACGGGACAACGACGCGUCUAACCUCCUCUCGCGGUCUACGCUUUCGUCGAUCGUUGCCGCGCGAGCGCGCCCGCCCGUCAUGUCGUCGAGCAAACGACUCGCGUCUCGUUGAGAGAACGCUUUUCCGAGAGAUAAAAUAGAACGCGGACGGGAACGAGGACGUAGUGGUGGUGCUGGUGGAGGAGGUGGCGGCAACGGAGGUGGUGGUGUUGGCCGGAGGAGGAAAAAAAGAAGAAGAGAAACGCAAAGACGUUAUAGAAAGAAAGGAGCGAGCGAGGUGUCGCGCGAGAAGGGAUGCCUGCGAAGGGGGAGAGGGGUAAGGCGACGGACUUUAGUAUCGCGGCCAUCAUGGCGCCCAGGGGUCCGUCCUUCGGGCAUUACCACCUGCAGGGCAUCGGCAACGCCGCCACCGGCCUCGAGUGUCCUACAGCUAAAGGAUUCGUCGCUGGAUCGACCCUCGAUCAUCGCGCGAGAACAUCGCCGGUUAACAUCGUAGCGACUGCCACCGUGGUGACCGACGACGAGGCCCUAUUGGUCGAGGAGGAGGUCGAGACGUGCGAGGGCGAGAGCGAGGGAACGGAAAAGUCGACCAACGAGGAGGACGAGGAGGUCGACGUGGACGUCGACGUCGAGGAGUGUAGCAGCGUCGAGGACGGACCCGUUCACGGGCUUCCGGACGAUCUCAGUACCGGCUCGUCCUCCUCCUCGUCGAGGAAAUACGACGGGGCUAAUGGAGUGCCCGGGUGCAACGAGCAUCACGAGAGAAAGCACAGACUGAGGACGAGCUGCAACUCGGACGAGCUCCGGGACGUUGAGUGUCAGCUCGAGACCAAGGAUUUGUGGGAUAAGUUCAACGAACUCGGGACGGAGAUGAUCAUCACCAAGACCGGACGCCGGAUGUUUCCCACCUGUCGCGUCUCCUUUCGAGGAUUGAAAACGGAAGGCCGUUAUGCGGUACUGAUGGACAUAGCACCGGUCGACAAUAAGAGAUAUCGAUACGCCUAUCACAGAAGCUGUUGGCUCGUGGCCGGGAAGGCCGAUCCACCGGCGCCACCUCGUCUCUACGUUCAUCCGGAUUCACCGUUCACCGGGGAUCAACUGGCGAAGCAAGUGGUCUCCUUCGAGAAGGUUAAGCUGACCAACAACGACAUGGACAAGCAUGGCCAGAUCGUAUUGAACUCGAUGCACAAGUAUCAACCCAGAAUACAUUUGGUGAGAUGCAAGCAAACGGACGACAACAAUCUCCAGAUCAAUGAUCUUCGAAAAGAAGAACACAAAACGUUUAUUUUCCCUGAGGCGAUCUUCACCGCGGUCACAGCCUACCAAAAUCAGCUGAUCACGAAACUAAAGAUCGACAGUAAUCCGUUCGCGAAGGGUUUCAGAGACUCCUCGAGGUUGACGGAUUUCGAUCGAGAUCCUAUGGAGCUGAUGGAGCAACAGCUGGUGAGAUGCGGAGUACCACCGGUGAGAUUGUACGAGCAUCUCGCGAUAUCUUCGCCGGCGGCAGCGGCAGCGGCAGCGGCCGCCGCGGCCGCCGCCGCUGCCGCUGCCCUCGGUGCCCAACAGCAGCAACAGCAUCAGCAUCAGCAGCAUCAGCACCAGCAUCAACACCAGCAGCAGGCGCAGGAGAACGGAGGACACGCGACGGCCGCGGCUUUGGCACCGUGGCUGACGGCGGCAGCGGGUGCUUCUACGGCCCUACUUUACGGCGCUGCCGUCGGACAGACGCACCCUGCGAACAGAGCUGCCACCGGCUCACCCUCUCCCUAUCAUCCCGCGGCGGCCUCGACUUUUCCCUACCCGACUGCCCUAGGCUGGUCGUGGCAACCGCCACCGGUCGCGAUCAUCUCCCGACGGACCUCGCCACCCUCUGCUACCCUCAGGUACGCGCCCUAUCCUCAUCCCAGCGGUACGCCACCGCCUACGACCCUACGCGCACGCCCGUCCACCCCCAAUUAGCGAGCCAUACGCCGUCUCUCUGCUUCUUCUCCGACCUUGCUCCUCGAAGAAUAACAUUUCCUCUGUUCCCUCGAUCCCCCCACCCCCAACCCACCCCUGCGUGUACCUAUGUAACAUACGAUGGCCAAGUUUUUGCGUUAGUGAAAAUGGAGACGUUGUAAAUUCCUAAAAGUAAAUGUUAAUGCGUUCUUUUCUUUCCGUUAAUCAUAGUCUAGUCUCGCGCGAAGAAAAUUCGGCGUUGCGUCAAUCGGGAAAAAUCAAAAAGAAAAAAAGAAAAAGGCAAAAGACAUAAUGAGGAAUAAUAAUGAUAUAAAAAAAAAAAAAAAAAAAAAAAAAAAAAAAAAAAAAAAAAAAAAAAAAGGAGAAAAAAGAAAAAAAAAAAGAAAAAAAAUAAAAAAUAAAUAAAUAAAUAAAUAAGAAGAAAGAAAGAAAGAAAGAAAAAAGAAAAACAUCCAUUCGACUCGUUGUUGUGUUUCGCACGCGGCCAAAGAGAAAGAA